CUCCCGGGGGCGGAGGGCGGCGCGUGCGCAGGCGGCACCCGGCUGGGGCCAUGGACAGCAUUAGGCGCGGGGGCUGGACCUGAGCUCAGGAUGAAGGAGUGGUGGAUCCAGGUGGGCCUCCUGGGCAUUCCUCUUCUUGCUGUCUACCUGCACAUCCCUCCCCCCCAGCUCUCCCCAGAACUUCACUCCUGGAAGACUUCAGGCAGCUUCUUCACAUACAAGGGCCUGAGCAUCUUCUACCAAGACUCAUGGGGUGCAGUUGGGAGCUCAGAAAUAGUGGUACUUUUACACGGCUUUCCAACCUCUAGCUACGACUGGUGCAAGAUCUGGGAAGGCCUGACCCAGCGGUUUCACCGGGUGAUUGCCCUUGAUUUCCUAGGUUUUGGCUUCAGUGACAAACCGAGGCCCCAUCAUUAUUCCAUCUUUGAGCAGGCCAGCAUUGUGGAGGGGCUGCUGAGACACCUGGGGCUUCAGAACCAGAGAGUUAACCUUCUGUCUCAUGACUAUGGAGACACCGUGGCUCAGGAGCUGCUUUACAGGUACAAGCAUAAUCGGACUGGUCGGGUUCUCAUCAACAGCCUUUGUCUGUCAAAUGGAGGUAACGGCCCGGAGCUGGCAAGGAUGAAAACUGGGGAGUGGCCUAGCUCAGCCACAUCUAGGUAUCGCAGUAUGUUGCCUAAAAGGCCGACUGUCUCAGAAUGCCGCAGGCACGGGAGACCCCAGGAUGCAGAAGGUAUCUUUCCUGAGACUCACCAUCCCACCUUACUCCAGAAGCUGCUCAAAGAUGGAGGCCCGAUGUCUCCCAUCCUUACUCGCCUGAUGAAUUUCUUCUUCUUUGCCCGGGGCCUUGCGGUGGUCUUUGGGCCACACACACAGCCCUCAGAAGCUGAGAUGUGGGAUAUGUGGGCUGGAAUUCGAACCAAUGAUGGCAACCUGGUCAUUGACAGUAUCUUACAGUACAUCAACCAGAGAAAGAAGCAUCGAGACCGCUGGGUGGGAGCUCUCACCUCCGUGGCUGUUCCCCUGCAUUUCAUCUAUGGGCCAUCAGAUCCAGUGAACCCUCAUCCAGAAUUUAUGAAUCUGUAUAGGAAAACAUUACCCCAGUCCACAGUGUCGAUUCUGGAUGAUCACAUUAGCCACUACCCACAGCUAGAGGAUCCUAUGGGUUUUCUGAAUGCAUAUUUGAAUUUCAUCAACUCUUUCUGAGGGGCGGAGACUUGUUUUCCUUAACGUUUCCUUUUUAAUCAUGGUUUCAAAUGAAGAACUGAUGCCUCAAAGAGGUCAUAGAAUCAUAUUUCAUAUCACUAAAUAGUACUUCCAAAUAACACCAUGAGGUUCAAUGGGUUUUGUCUUGAAUGUUCCAUCCUCUUCCUGAAGUAGUUUUCCGGCUGAGAGUUGAUCAAAUGUAUGGACUUGGUCAUACCUUCAUGUAUUAGAAAUCCUCAUCAACCAUCCCAAAUCUCUCAAGCAGGAAGCCAGCGACAUUUUUUUUCGCAAAAGGUUUCGAAGUUAUGGACUCUUGGAAUUUGAAGAUGCCACUUUUUAGUUCAAUCCCAACCAUAUAAUCAUGCAAUAUGGAAAGUGGAAUGAUUUGGAAAUCCUCUCAACUUCUCUUAAAAUGUCUUUAAAGGCAUAUAAAUGCUCGCAUGUUUUGAAACCAACAUGUAGCAUCACGAUAAGCCAGAUUCUGUUUUGGUCAUGACUUGGAUUUCUUUCACCAUUUCUUAUAACACCUUGUUGAAGUGUAAUUUGUAGCUGAAAUAAUACAGUAUUAAGUGCAUCUUACUGUAAGACUGAGUUAUGUUUCACCUACAAAUGUAUUUUUUCAUAAAGACGCUAAACCAGCAGGUAUGUUCUGUGGCUGAGUAGUGAAUUUAAUGAUCUAAAUAUGAUUAAUUUUUGUACAAGUCAAAUUACAUCCAAAAUGUUUUCAAUGUUACUUAAAAUUUUGAGGCAUGAAGGAUCAAUAGUCUGUCGAGAGCACUACUUACGAUUGGCUGAUAUGUAGGUAAGAUACUCUGAGCUAACAGCAGUCUGUUUACACCUCCGUGUUUAGAUGGCUAUCCCAAAAGGUGGAAUGUGUGUCCUUUUAUGAAGGUUGCUCAGCUUGCUCAAGUGGCCUUCUCUUUUAGUUUUUACUGUGUUUUACAGAAAGGGUUUGUAAAUGAAAGUUCUGAAAGGCCUUUAAGCAAAUGGUGCUGAAUCCUAUGUUUUGUUAGCUACAGCUGCAGUGUCUCAGUGAAGCAGGAACAUUCAUUAUUUUAAAGUCUUUUUUAUUAGCAACUUCAAGUAUAACAAAUUUCAAAACCUGAAACUGGAAUAAUUGUUUAUUUUCUAUUAAUAAAAAUGAAUUUUCACAAAA